AUGCUAAUGGCCACUACAAAGACAGCAGGUGCUCUAGAAUUAAAAGGAGGCAGGCAGAUGGGCGGGCGGGCGGGCAGGCAGAAUUUACUGUGCAGAAAUAAGCCUGACAGAUCGCUCAGUUUGGCCUGUCACAGUCUUAUUCUGGCAAGUCCGAUUGCCCUUGACUUGGCAAAAGUCAGUGAUGAGAAAUCAUCGCCAAUAACAACAUUCAUGUUUCUGGGAUUGACAGAUGACCCAAAGCUACAAGUUCUGCUUUUUAUAUUUUUGUUCCUCACCUACAUGUUGAGUGUUACUGGGAACCUAAUAAUCAUUGCCCUCACGCUUUCGGAUUCCCAUCUUAAAACUCCCAUGUAUUUUUUCCUGCGAAAUUUCUCUUUCUUAGAAGUCUCAUUCACCUCUGUCUGUAUUCCCAGAUUCCUGUAUGCUAUGACAACUGGAGAUAAUACUGUUACCUAUAAUGCUUGUGCCACCCAAAUGUUGUUUGUUGUCCUCUUUGGAGUAACAGAAUUUUUUCUUCUGGCAGCCAUGUCCUAUGAUCACUAUGUGGCCAUCUGCAAACCCCUGCAUUACACGACCAUCAUGAACAAUACAGUCUGCACUACACUCAUUCUCAGCUGUUGGGUUGCUGGCCUAUUGAUCAUCCUCCCACCACUUGGCAUAGGGCUCCAGCUGGAAUUCUGUGACUCAAGUGUAAUUGAUCAUUUUGCUUGUGAUACAUCUCCUAUUCUCCAGAUAACCUGCUGAGACACAGUAUUUAUGGACAGAAUUGUUUUGAGUUUUGGUGUGCUGACGCUUAUUAUUACCCUAGUGUGUGUAGUCCUCUCCUACACGUACAUCAUUAAGACCAUCCUAAAAUUCCCUUCUGCUCAACUAAGGAAAAAGGCCUUUUCCACCUGUUCUUCCCAUAUAAUUGUCAUUUCCAUCACCUAUGGCAGCUGCAUGUUCAUCUGUAUCAAACCUUCAGCAAAGGAAGGAGUGGCCAUUAGUAAGGUGGUGUCGGUGCUCACUACUUCAGUUGCUCCUUUGCUUAACCCGUUCAUUUAUACACUUAGAAACAAACAAGUGAAACAAGCUUUCAAAGACAUCAUAAAAAGGAUUACAUUUCUCACAAAGAAGUAAAAGACUAUUUUGAGGCUAAGUAAAUCUGAAUGACCCAUGAGUGUCUUUCAUGAAUUUGUCAAACAUAAGGUUUCUAUCUGUUCUGUAGAU